AGCGAGUUGCGUCUCCGCGCGGAUCUUGUGCCCCUCGUUUGGCUCCGCGCUCUGACGGAACGAGUCUGGGCUCACGUCAUCUUCUGAAGGUGGACCGAACCGAACCGAGGUCUAUAAAAGUCGCAGCAGCAGCUCGCGCUCUGUGCGGGAAAACUCACCGGAGAAGGAAACAAGUUCUCUUCAAAAGCCAAAGGAUCUGCGGCUCCGCUGCUGAAGAGAGAGAGAGAAAGGCGCUCGGAAAAGUUUUACGCGCAAGUGGAUGCUGAGAACCGGACCAGGACAUGUUCCACCUGGCCCAGUUUGGGGUGCUGUCGGCUCUGGCCACCGCGCUCACAUCGCUCCUCUCUGCGCUCCUGCUGCUGGUUCUGACCCGGCAGCUGUGGAGUCUCCGCUGGACCCUGACCCGGGACAAGGAGAGCAAGCUGCCGCUGCCGAACGGCUCCAUGGGCUGGCCGCUGGUCGGGGAGACCUUCCACUGGCUCUUCCAGGGUUCCAACUUCCACAUCUCGCGUCGAGAACGUCAUGGAAACGUGUUUAAGACCCACCUUCUGGGAAAACCUGUCAUCCGGGUCACAGGGGCAGAAAACAUUCGGAAGAUCCUGCUGGGUGAGCAUAGCCUGGUGUGUACACAGUGGCCUCAAAGCACCUGCAUAAUCCUGGGACCCAACACCCUGGUCAACUCUAUUGGAGAACUGCACAAGAAGAAGAGAAAAAUCCUGGCCAAAGUGUUUAGCCGGGGGGCUCUGGAGUCCUACCUGCCCCGCCUGCAGGAAAUCAUCAAGUCUGAAGUAGCAAAAUGGUGCUCUGAGCCGGGCCCAGUUGAUGUGUACAGCUCAGCCAAGUCCCUGACAUUUCGCAUUGCAGUCAGCGUCCUGAUGGAUUUGCAGUUGGAAGAAGAGCGAAUCGUUUACCUGGCUAAGAUUUUUGAGCAGCUGAUGAACAAUUUGUUCUCGCUCCCCAUCGACGCUCCGCUGAGCGGGCUGCGAAAGGGGAUAAAAGCCAGAGAAAUCUUGCAUGCCAACAUGGAGAAGAUCAUUGAGGAAAAAAUGGCGAGGCAGCAGGCGGAAUAUGAACAUCAUGAUGCUUUUGACUACAUGCUGUCCAGUGCCAAGGAACACGGCCAGCAGCUCAGCACCCAGGAGCUCAAGGAAACAGCCGUGGAGCUCAUCUUCGCUGCUCACUCCACCACAGCCAGUGCCUCCACAUCGCUGGUUCUGCAGCUUCUUCGCCACCCGGUGGUGGUGGAGAAAGCCCGAGCAGAGCUAGAGGCAGAGGGCCUUAGCUGUCCACAAAACCAGAGCCACAACACAUCUUGUGUCACUGUAGAAAAAGAGCAGGAUGGCGAUGAAACAGAAAGGACCCACCUGCUGAACAGCUGCAGUCAGAAUGCAGGCGAUAAGUUUCCACAAUCCAAGUCUCACAUACCGUACCUCACCCUGGACAAGCUGAGCCAGCUCCAGUACAUCGGCCGCGUUGUCAAAGAGGUGCUCCGCUUUCUGCCGCCAGUCUCUGGUGGUUACCGGACAGCUCUGCAGACAUUUGAACUCGAUGGCUACCAAAUCCCCAAAGGUUGGAGCGUCAUGUACAGCAUCCGGGACACGCAUGAGACUGCACCGGUCUUUCAAAGUCCGGAGCUGUUUGAUCCGGACCGCUUUGGCCCCGAGCGGGAUGAAAGCCGAUCAUCUCGGUUCAGCUACGUGCCUUUCGGUGGUGGUGUGCGGCGCUGCGUUGGGAAAGAACUGGCACAGAUCAUCCUUAAAACUCUGGCAGUGGAACUGAUUGGAACCUGCAAAUGGACCCUGGCUACAGGGAACUUCCCAAAAAUGCAAACAGUGCCUAUCGUUCAUCCCGUAAACGGGCUGCAUGUACGAUUCUCCUACAACCACUGACUUUCAUUUAUAAGACUGACAGACUUUCUCAGAACUCAUCAGGUGACAAUUUAUACAUAUGGAAACGCUCUCCAAGCAAAGAGAUUGAACUUCUCUAGACAAUUUUUAUCUUCCCAGACUGCUCACCUGCAAUUAUUCAAUGUCCUUUUAGGAUGAAAAACCUUUCAAACCCUCUUUUUGUUGUAGUAUAAUUGAACUACCUGCUUAAAUCACCUGUUAGUGUUUUGAUUACUUCAGAGGUUUUAUUCUUUACAAGCAUUUUAACUUAUUUUUAUAUUCAGGUAUUAUAAUUAUUUUUUUACCUAUGUACUUUCAAACAGGAUCUGCCCACCUAAUGGACUGCAAACUAAACAGCAAAAGGCUUUGCUCAGAGCUUUUCAAUGGAAACAAAAUAUAUA